AUGUUGAGGACACGAGAGGCAAGCGGCGCCUCGACGCCCUCCACGCCCAACACCACAUCAGUGCAAGUCGCCGUCCGAAUUCGUCCCGUCACCACAGCAGACCAGAGCAACAUUCCUCCAAGAUGGCAAAAGAGCAUCCUCACCGCCUCUUCCAACAGUAGCGUCACCGUAGAACCUGGUUCGGCACCCCCAGCUGGGCCAGGCGGCAGCUCUGCUUCCUCUUCGGCAGUUACUCGUGACAGACGUCAGGCUUUCAGCUUCGACCGCGUCUUUUCUCCUGCAGAUGGCCAGAAAGAGAUCUUUACCGUAGCAGAACCCUUGAUCGAUCGCUUCCUAGAAGGAUACAACGUCACCAUCCUAGCAUACGGACAGACGUCGAGUGGAAAGUCGUAUACCAUGGGCACAACCGCCGGCGAUGACGUCGAUUACGAGAGCCUAGUAGCCGGACGCUCCGCGGAUCCACAGAUGGGCAUCAUUCCUCGCGCCGUCGCUCGCAUCUUUUCCGCCAUGCGCAACAACAAGUCCUCCGGCACGCAGUACAGCGCCAAGGUCAGCUUCAUCGAGAUCUACAACGAGGAUCUCAUCGAUCUCCUCGGCGAUGCGGUUGACGGCGAUGCCAGGCCGCACGUUCAAAUCCGCGAGGGCAAAAACGGUCAAAUCAUCUGGAGCGGUCUUCGCGAAGUCAAGGUGGCCAACGUUGCCGAGGUCAUGAACUACUUGCUGCAGGGCAGUUCGGUACGCCGGACCAACGAGACCGACAUGAACGCCCAAUCCUCUCGAUCCCACGCCAUCUUUUCCAUCACUCUCACCCAGAAAAAGUGGGUGGGCUCCGGUCCGCCCCCCAACGCUGCGCCUCCCUCAAGCUUUGGUGGACGUUCAACUCCAGGUGGAAGGGCCGUCUCGAGUCUGUCGCGCGCUUCUGGGAUUCCCAUGGCCGGUCGCGUUGCUUCGCCUUCGUUUGGACGAAGGACACCCAGCGGCAUUCCCGCUCUUGGUGGACGCAGUUCCUCCACCGGAUUGCGACCGCCCAGUACGUACAGUGAAGCUGGCGACGAGUCGAUCGGCGGCAAUGCAUCAGCAGACGGCGAGUGGGUGACCGUCAGCAGCAAGUUCCACUUUGUCGAUCUUGCCGGUUCAGAGCGUCUCAAGCGCACUGCAGCGCAAGGAGAGCGCGUCAAGGAGGGAAUCUCGAUCAACUCGGGUUUGCACGCCCUCGGCAACGUCAUCUCCGCCCUCGGCGACCCUGCUAAAGCCAAGCGUACCACUCACAUCCCUUACCGUGACAGCAAGCUCACUCGCCUGCUACAAGACAGUCUCGGCGGCAAUGCACACACUCUCAUGAUUGCCUGUGUUUCGCCGACCGAGUACAAUGUCAGCGAGACUGUCAACACGCUCCAGUACGCCAAUCGCGCGCGCAACAUCAAGAACAAGGCCGAGCUCAACGAAGUCGAAGUCGGAUGGGACGACGUCGACUAUCUCCAGACGCUGGCCCAUCGCCUUCGCAAGGAACUCAGCAUCAUCAAAGGCGUCGGCAAGGGCCUCGUCGACCUCGACGACCCUCGCAACAAGGAUGCAACCCGAACCACGCAGCGCGAAAUCCUCGCUUGGCAGGACAAGUAUGCAACGCUCAGCCAGAAACACAGCCAGCUCACCGCCGAGGUCACGCAGCUUCGCACCCAGCUCGAUCCUUCCAAGCAAGACGGCAGCGAGCAGGACUUCUUCCGCGCCGCCGAACCUAUCAUUGUCGAGUACGAAAAGUCGAUCGACGCGCUCGAGGGUCAGCUCAACCUCACAAAAGCCGCACUCGCCUACGUCGAAGACAUUGCUAACGAGCGCGAGGCCCAAAUCGAGCAGCAGGCGAGCCACCUCGAGAUCAUCGGUGCCGAGCUCGAAGAAAAGGAGGCUAGUCUCGCCGAGCUUCAGUCUCGCCUGAACAAGCUGCAGGAACGCGAGUCCUCCGCCGAAGUGUAUGCACGCGAGCUGGAAGCAAGACUCGAGGCGGUGGGGUCGCGUGGCGAUACCGACACUGCGGUGCUCGUCGAGCUGCACAAGGAGAUUGCGCGUCUCAAGGAGGUCGAAUCGUCGUCCGAGCAGUACAUCCGCGAUCUCGAGGCCAAGCUGGCAUCGUCGGAUGAGUCGGCUGCUAGCUUGGCUCGAAAGGUCGCCCAGAUGGAGGUCGAUCUCGAGAAACGUGACGAGGACUACCGCAACCUUCUCUCGCGGUUUGAACUGCUCGACAACGGGCAGGAGACGCGUGCGAUGGCAGCCGAGCUGGAAGCACGUACUGGCGAGGUGCACGAUCUCGAGGCUCGUCUGGCCGAUGCUAGCGCCAAGCACGAGGGUCUCGCUACGCGUUUCGACAGCCUCACUGCUCAGCACGACCAGCUAGCCAAGGUCAGCGAUGAGCAUGAAAAGGAAAAGAAGUCGCUUUCGCAGCAGAUCAAAGAGUUGCAAGUUGCUGCUGCUGCUGGCAUUGCAGCUGGAGGCGUGGGAGGUGCACUCCUCGGAGCUGCUGCCAAGUCUGAUCACGAAGACGAGGAGCCCAACAAAAAAGCAUCCUCGCCCAAUGGAGUCGAGGCAUCGGUCAAGGACCUGGAGGAGCGCUUUACGAGCUUGCAGGAAGAGAUGCGUGCAGUUCGCGAUUCCGAGUCGGGCAUCCGUGCCGAGCUCGAAUUGACCAAGCAGAAGUACAAAGAGUCGCUGGCCGAGAUCAACGACCUCAACUCGCAGCUCACCGAAAUCAAGCUCAACGGUGGAGUUCCUUCGCACCUCGAGCCCGACUUGUUCCAACUGGACAAAGAUUCUGGCGACGAUGAACAGGUCGAGGUGCUCGAUUCGCGCGGCGACGAAAAUCAGCCACCACAGACUCCAAACCGCAGCGGCAACCCGCAGCAGAGAAGUCUGUCCAGCCGCCGUCCGGGUAGCUUGCUGAUCGACACCACCAAUCGACAGACGCCCAGCCCGUCGAGCCGCCUUUCUCGUCGUUCGUCUGGUUCUUUUUUAGGCUACAACAAGAGCGACGGAACGAGGUCGACAGCACUCUCUCCGCUCGCUCACGGUCGUACUCGCUCGAUCUCGCAAUCUUCGUCGCUGGACUUUGCAUCGGCCUUGCCCUCGCAACAUUCGCAGGGGAGGGGUCCAAGGCCGCUCUCGCUGACGGGAUCCGUGCCGCCGUCGCCCACGCUCAAAGCGUUCGAGCACGAUUCGCCGGCGAACUAUGAGCGCAAGGUGGCCUCGCUUGAGAAGGAGACGAUGCGUCUGCAAGAGGCGCUCAAGGAUCGCGAUGAAGAAAUCCGGGCACUCGAGACGUCGCUGCGUAGCCGUAGACAGUCCACGGUUGCCUCACUGGCUGGCUCACCCACAAAAGCGGAGCUCGGAGCUUCCGGUGACGAGGUCGAGCAAACGCUGCUCGCCCCCGCUCAUGCUGCUGCAAAUGGCGCCGAUCCGGGAGCACUGACCCCUGCAACAGCUAAAAAUCUCGAUGCCAUUCGACAGGUGAUGGCGCAAGACGAUACCGGUAGCUCUAGUCCCGACUCGAACAGCUCUCAGAUGCUUGACGACCUAAUGCGGUCAAUGGCUCGCAAGGAGACGCAGCACCGCGAGACAGUCGAGUCCAUGUCCGCCGAGCUGUCGACGCUACGCAAGCAGAACGAGACGCUCGAGGCCUUGUCGCGUGACCAGCUGGCCAACAUGUCGCUCGAGAUCGAGGAGUUGCGCGCUCAGCUUGCGACCAAGUCGACGCAGACUCUGCCGAACGAGAGGGGACUCUCCAAGACCAAAUCAACGAGUGGACGCAGCUUGGCUGACGAACUCGACGCCGCUGCCGCGGCUGAGCAAGACUCGGCUACGGUUGUAGCACAGGAUGAGGUGCAGCGACUCAAGCAACAGCAUGCAGCUGCGAUCGACAGCCUCGAGCAACAGCACAGGAUCAACCUGGAACAGCUUGAACAGCAACAUGCAGAGAGCCUCGCGAAGAUGCAGACUUCCACUUCGACGAGAUCCAUCCCUGGUGGAUUUGGCGGUGAGGACGAGGAUAAUCAUGCAGCAAUUUUGGCACAGGCACAGCAGAAUCAUGCUCAAGAGCUCGCCAACGUCAAGGAACAAGCCAACGCCGUUCUGGCCAAGGCUGUGGAAGCACAGACCGCACAACAUCAGAGUGUUCUCGCCGAACACGAAGCCAAGUUGGCCAGCGUCCACGCGGAUCUUGCUCAAAAGUCGCGCGCACAUGACGAGCAGCUGCACGCUUUGCGAGACAGCCAUUCCAAGGCGCUUCAGGAAGUGAAGAUGGAGCUUGAAGCGCAGCAUCUUUCGGCAUUGUCCGUGGCAGCACGUGAAGCUGAAGCAACGACAAUAGCCAUGCACACGGCAUCGCUCGAAAAGAUCCAGCAGGAGCAUGUUGCGACUGUCUCGCAAAUGACGGAGCAGCUCACUGCAAUCAAGGCCGAGCACGAAAGCACCCUCGACAAGGUGAAGGCAGAGCACGCUUCGAAGCUCGACCGAAGCCUGCUGGACCUUCAAAUUGUCAACAGCGACCGAGACGAGGCUCGGCGUGCCUACGAGGAGCUGUACGCCAAGCACCAGGAUCUGAUGGCCAAGAUCGAUAUCGACCCUCACGAGGUCGACAUGCUGCGCGCCGAGUUGAACGAUACGAGCGAUGCCUUGGUGACGUUGGAAGCUGCGCUGACCGAAGUGCAGGAAGAGCGAGAUCAGUUGCUGAUCGAGAUCGAGAUGAUGCGUCAAGAGUCGGAAGCGGCACAGCAGCAGCAAGACACCUCAAUCGCCUCGGUUGGAAGCAGCCUGCGCAAUGCGGCUACGUCCAGCCCUGCCGAUGCUGCACUCAAGCGAGAGCUAGAGUCGCACAAGUCGACGCUGUCCAAGACCCGAGGCGACAUGACCAAGCUCAAAGCCGAGCUGCAGGCGGCGCGCGACGAGUGCGCUCGUCACGAGCAGUCGGUCAAAGACUUGCAGCUGAGAUUUGCGACGUCCGAGACGAGGUCCAUGCGUUCGAACGGCAGCGGCAGCUUCGGACAACACAGUCAGAGCGAGCACGACGCUGCAGCUGCAGCUGCAGCUGCAGCAGCUGCCGGCACCGGUACAGCAAGAUCGUCGCUCACCAAUGGAGCUCGCUCGUCGCUCAAUAGCAGACGAGCUUCGGACUACGAUUCGCCGAACAAUACGCUGGAUCUGCGAAACCAUCGUCCGAGCUUGGGAGCUGUCAAGCCUCCUCCGCCGACACCUCCGCCUAACAUGCCGCCUCCUCCAACGCCAGCUGGGUUGCCAGUCACGGGCCGUAGCUCUGCUGGUGUGCGUACUUCAACGUCGUCGCUGAUGACGCGCCCCGAGUCGCCUGCGAACGUGGGCGCGGGCUCGAUGACACGGUCGUCUUCAAUGACGUCUGUCCACUCUCCUGCUGGCCAAAUGCUUAGCAACGGUAUGGGUCCAGACGUCAAGCUGACGCGGCUAUUGUCUGAGCAGGCGGAAGAAAUCAAGAAUCUCGCAAGACAGCUCAACCACUGUGAAGCCGACUUGCAGGCCAACAUCGACCUCGUCGCCACGCUGGAAGCAGCGCUCAACGACAGUGAACGCAACCUGCGCAAGAGCAGGGUGCAGCUGUCCGAGGUGACGCGGGAGAGGGAGAGGUACGCGGCGGAAGCCAAUGCAAUGCGUGCGCAGCUCAACACGGCGCAGUCCGAGGUGGAGAACGUGCGCAAUAGCGUGAUGCUCGAGAAGCAAGGGUUUGAGAGCAAGCUGGAGGAAGAGAGGUUGGCCAAGGAGAGGGCAAGGAAGGCGUUGGAGGCAAGACUGGAGGAGGUGAGCAAGCGCAAGGGCAACAAGCUGUUCUGCUUGUGA